AUGCAACCUUUUAAUAAAUACUACGCACCUGAUUGGACCCCAGAGAAGGGAUCUAUUAACAAAUUCAACGGGACACAUGCCUACGGAGCAAGAGCCAAGAAGAUUGAUCAAGGCAUUUUAGUUGUCAGAUUCGAGUUGCCUUACAAUAUCUGGUGCUUGGGCUGUAAUAAUCAUGUUGGGCAAGGUAAGGCAUAUUACUCCCCAUACUGCGGUAAUUCUGCAUAUGUUGUUGUGAGUGGCGCACAAAAGAAAAUGGAGGAAUGGAAGGCAGAGGAUACAGAGGUCAUUCAAUUGCAGGAUCCAGAAGUCAAGGAGAAAUUGGAAUCCGAUCCAAUGUACCGACUUGAACACGGUAUCAAUGACAAAAAGACGAUUGAUAAAGCAGCACCGCAUAUAACACAGCUACAGGAUUUAAAUCAAAGCCAAUGGUCUGACCCAUACUUAAAAUCACAACAACUCAGGAAACAGUUUAGACAAGUCAAGAAAAAAGAUAAGAGUGAAUUUGAAGAGACCGAGAAAGUGAGGGAUAAGCACUCGCUUGGUAUUGCACUGUUACCAGAAUCAACGAGUGAUGUGAUUGGAGCCAAGUCAGUUGAAUACAAGACCUCGCAUUUACUGGAUAAAAAGAGGUUAGAGACAGCUGUUGCUCCAUUAUUUAAUCAAAUCAAACCAACCGAAAAGGAACUGAAUAAUUUGGGUCAUAUUGCAAAAAUACACACACGCAUGAAAACGGAUCCAUUUUACAAUCCAAAGCGGGCAAAUGCUAUCAAAUUGAAUGAUGUGGUAGUCAAACCAAGCAAGAAAAAGUCUAGGAGUAACGAUGGUAAAGGGUUGGUGUGUUAUACCGACUCUGAAUCCGAUUGA